AUGGCCGGCCUGGACGGCGUGAGCACCACAAGUUCGGGGCGGCCGAUCGGAAAGGAACGCGCGGCGCUCAGCAAGAAGGCCGAUGGCAAUGGCACCUUUUGCUGCGUCUCUCUGUGGUGCAUAUGGGGCAGGUACUACUAUCGCUUCCACAAGCUGAUAGGAAAGGCAAACUGGCGAAAAUACACGGAACGUGCUCCGGCUGCAAAAGUGCUCAACUUGCCUCGCUUAGCAAAGUACUAUGCCGAGUUGAAGUGCAUUGAUGAGAUGGAGCAUGUAUCCCGAUUUCUCAGGAAGAUGCUGCCUAAGUACACCUCGCACCAGCUUGUCCUCGUUGCCCAUGCUUUCGCCAUUGCCAAACUGCAGGACAAGCACAUGAUGGAGGAGGUUGCCAGACUGGUGGAGCCGCAGCUCAGUGAAAUCACUCCACUUGAAAUGGCCUAUGCCAGCACGGAAGUGUGUCAUUACACGCUCCUGGGGCCGGUACCUGAGUCACAGGGGCGCAGACUGCAGUUUGAGGCACAAGUUCGUGUGCAACAAGCCUCGGAGGGGCAGGUGAGACUCUCGGGCCUUCCUGGUUCUUGCCCGUCCUUUCUGCAGCUGGCGGAGCUGGCGGAGGCCUUUGCCCAGCUGAAGUUCCAGGACUACUCCUUCCUGGAGAUGGCAUCCUUCCAGGCGGCGGCGCUGCUGAGAGAAGGCCGCGCAGGUCCAACACCGCCAGCGCUGGCCCUGCUUUGCGGAGCCUGCGCGCGCUUGAAGGUGCACGAAGUUCAGCUUUUCGAGGCCGUCCUCGCUCACGUCGCCGAGCAUUGGUACGAUUAUCCAGCCUCGUGCCUAGCUGACAUCGGCUUGGCUUUGGCGCCUGUGAUGCCCACCUCAGAGCCUGUGAUGGAUGUGUAUCGCAGGAUGCUCAGCCAGAUCCGUCAGGAUCGCGAUACUUUGAGCUUGAGGCAGGUUGGCACAGCCGUUCGCUUCAUGGCAGAAGUGGAUCACAAGGGGGAGUUCAUGCCCGGCUUGGCCCAGGUACUUGCACGUCGUCUCAUGGACUUGAGAGAUGAGACCAAAGAGUGCUAUGAUGUGGCCCGAGUUGCAGAGAUCUUCUCGAGACGAUGCAUCCCGCUGAGAAGAGGAGAGGAAGCCGUCAUCCUGGCAGAGCUCUGCUCCGAUGAAGUUGAUGAAGGGUAUCGAGAUGAUCGGGUCGCCCAUGCACUUCCCAAGUGGGCCGAAAAGCGGCUCCGGGAGUUCUCCCCGCACGACUGGGACUCGUUUCUCACCUCGAUGAGCAGACUUGGAACCUCCGCGGAAAAGCUGACUCAAUUGCGAGACAGCGGCCCCCCACCGCCGACCGAGCCCGCCACCUUUUCAGGAGGUCAGGCGGCACGAGCAGCACUUGCAGCCAGAUCGACUCAGGCUGAGCGCGAAGCAAUAGCCUCAUAG